AAUUUGUAGCCUAAUAUUAGCUAUCAGUGUCAUUAAGUAUUACCAGUGCUAUUCAGUAAUACUAGGCCCAAAUUAAAAUAAGUUAAAAGUGGAGUGUAAAAACGGGCAAUUGCGCUUAACUUAUAAAACUUAAGCAAUAAAACUACGGCAGAUGAAUUUUAAAACUAUGCACUUGUCGCCAUCAUUUAUUGAAAUUGAAUAUAUAAUAAUAUUACUACUGCUGACAAUGGAAAAAGAGACUUGUCAAAAACAAAAAGUAUCAGAAGGCAAAGCCUGUGAGGAGACGGACAUUGGAAGAAUACCUGACAUGCUUAAAGAAACAUUAACAUCAUCAAAAAAUGAAAGCACUGUUAUGUGUCAAAAAUGUCCAUCUAUAAUCUUAAAACCUGGCUUAGCUUCAACUACAAACAUUGAACAAUUUCUUCCAUUUAUGUACCAAGAGACAGCAAGUACUACACCUGAUGGUGAAACUGUCAAACAAUUUUGGUGUGUGGAUGACAUUUAUAGUUUUGAAAAUGUGGGAUUUAGUAGUACAGUUGGACAAAUCAAAUAUCUGACCUGUGCUGACUGUGAGAUUGGGCCUAUUGGCUGGCAUGAUCUUUUGACAAAGAAGUCCUAUAUUGCACCUAAUCGAGUGAAGUUGUGAAUGAAAAUGAGAUUGCUAUAAUCCAAAAAACCUUCUGUGUAAACAAUUUAUAUUCAAUGAGUUUACUUACAAAAAUAUCGUAGACUUUCUCAAUUUUAUUGCAUUGACAAAUAAGUUGUGUCUUACAUACACAGUUUAAUAAGCAGCUUCAAGAAUGUUAUUUGGUCAUUCCACCUUGUUAUUUAUGGCAACCAAAGUGUUUUUUAUAUAAACAUAUAAAAAAUUGAUAAUUUUAAACUAUUAACAAUUGAGAAGCUUUAAUUAAAUUUAUGUGGAAUACAUUGCUUGCUUCAAAUAAGUAUCAUUAAAAAAAAUUCCAUUUUU